AUGGAGCGCUCAACCCGCACCGCCUUCGCUUACAACCUAAACCUGAAGGCCGAUGAGCGCGACAUCUACCAACUGUUUUCCAAGGUCGGAAAGGUCGUGGACAUUAAACUUAUCACAGACAAGACGACAAAGCGGAGCAAGGGCUUUGCCUACAUCGAGUUCAGCAAGGUGGAAGAAGUGAUUGCUGCUGUGGCGCUCACUGGCACGGUGUUUAUGGGACAGGCAAUAAUGGUCAAGAGUUCGGAGCACGAGAAGAAUCUUGCCUGGGUGAGCACCUAUCUAGCUAGCCUUCUUGGCGCAGCUGGUGUCACUGGACCCAACGACACGCUGCCUGUGGGGCCCUGCAAGCUGUAUGUUGCAAACCUUAACGCGGCCAUCGCUGAGGCAGACGUGCAGCAGCUUUUUGCACCAUUUGGCCAGAUUGAUAACGUGCAGCUCGUGCGGGACGCGACGGGUCGGUCCCAGGGCUACGGUUACGUGACGUAUGCAAACGUACUGGACGCGACCAAGGCUGUGGAGCACUGGAACGGCCGAGUGGUUGCAGGGUCGGCGCUCAAGGUGUCCGUGUCCUCAAAGGGAUCCUGCAUUCGGUUUUUCGGCAUCACACGAACAGUGCUAUUGCUCCGCUGUCGCGUAGGGGAGCUUGAUGAGGAGGAAGCCCGUGGCGGCUUGAAGCUCACGUCGGACCGGCGACAGGCUCUGAUGGCUCGAUUGGCUUCGUCGGCAGGCCUGCAGCCCGUAGCGCCCGCAUUGCCGGUCCCUAGCGUACCAGCUUUGGCGGUGGCGCCAGCGGUUCUUGCUGGGCCCAAGCUGGACCCGAGCUUGGGGCUGAUUCAGAGCGUGCUGGGACCGGCGUCCCCCAUUCCUACGCCUUGUCUGCUGAUCAAGAACAUGUUCGACCCGGCGGCCGCGCAGGAGGAGAUGGGGCAGGACUGGGCGGAGGAAAUUGCACAGGAUGUGCAGGACGAGUGCUCCAAGUACGGUGCCGUUGUGCACAUUCACGUAGACAAGUCCAGCAAGGGUUGCGUCUACCUCAAGUGCGGCAGUGUCGAGGCGGCGUCAGCAGCUCAAGCAGCCAUGAACGGUCGGUGGUUCGCUGGGCGGCAGCUCGCCGUUGAGUUUCAGUUCCUAGCGCCGUACAAUGCACAUUUCAAAUGCUAAAUUUCGGAAUUUUAUGGAAAGCAUGCUGCGUGCUGUGGCAUGAGUAUAUGGCACACGUAUGGCUCCACCUUUUUUAACAUAGUUACUGAUUAUUACAAGGGUUGGAGUGGGCUCGCCUCUCCUGAACAAUGGUUUAGCACAGGAUGUGUUUGUCGCGGUGUAUUAAUGGAGGAGCUCUUGCAUUGUGCUUAAACAUGUACCAGAUGAAAAGAGCGCGUGUGUUUCCCAUGUACAUAAAUUCGUGUGCUUCCUUCCCUAUGUUUAUAACAGAUAUUUGAACUGUUGCAAAGAUACCGAACGCGGAAGUUACAGUGGAGCUUGUAAUUGGGUGGAAGAUAGCCGCGGGAUCGGUUCAUCAAUGAACUCUGCGUCUUGGUUUUCGCCUAGGGUGGUGCAGGUGGAGUUGAUGCUGUUAUCUCGAAAACGAAGCUUAAUGGGACUGGCAGUUUAAUUGUGCUUGUGCGUAUGUUUACGACUUAAUGGCACGUUAGCCGAGCAACUCGCUAGUAUUGCACAUGGGCGGUAUAGGGAAGAAUACUCCUGAUUCAAUUUGUUUGCAGUUGGUGUGAGGCCCUACCAUUGUAUGAGGUUGACCCCUAUUCCUCCCUCCAUCGCAUAUUGUAAGAGCAAAUGUUUC